UCGGUCAAGCGGGUUGCAUGUGGCUGUCGCGUGUUGGUGAUGCUCCACUAAAUCGCAUUGCCGAAAAGCUGAGUAGUAAACUUCAUCGCCGUGAUGCCUGCGAAUUUCCAGCGCCCCGAGAACGCUCUCAAGCGGGCGAACGAAUUUCUUGAGGUGGGCAAGAAGCAGCCUGCUCUUGAUGUUCUUUAUGACGUUAUAACGUUUAAAAAACAUCGAACAUGGCAGAAGAUCCACGAACAAAUUAUGCGGAAGUAUCUGGAGCUGUGUGUGGAUCUUUGCAAGAGCCACCUGGCCAAAGAGGGCCUCUACCAGUACAAGAACAUCUGCCAGCAGGUCAGUUUAAGUGGGGAAAAAACCCCAAAACUAAACUAAGAGUUGUUCGCCAUAGGCAAAGUUCUGUUUGCUGUCCACUGUCAAUUUCAAUGUAACGUUUUCUGCAGUUGACUCCUAUGCAGGAUCUCAUGAAAUGCUGACCAGAUGUCAGUCCCAUAAAUUAACCCCAAUGUAGGCAUUCCUGCCA